AUGGAUAACAGAGGGAAGCAGCCAUCCGCCUGGGAUGCCUACGAGUCGGGGAACCGCCCAUCCAUGGAUUCAGACACAGAGAGCCACAUACAAUGGGACGAGCUCUCGAGACGACCGAGUGGGGAGAGCAAUGCCGGCACGGGCAGGUGGACCGGCACGGUUGGCGAACUGCGCAGGCGGAGGUCUUCAGUAGGACAGCAAAUCAGCGCAUUGGGCGAAGUCGGAGGCGUCAACAGCAUCAACAACUUUGCGCGAUCGUGGCAGCGUGCAGCAGGCUUCUUUGAGAUCACCCCCGUGCGACCCUCGUUCCGUCUCGAAGACGAAGACGGCGACGACACCCAAGAGUCCGACUUCACACGCAGCGGGCUUCCAACGCCAGUACCAGACCAACGGUCGGCCCUGCGACAGGCGCUGCAAGAAGGAGGACGCCGUGCAUCCGAUAAUGCCAUAACGGACGAGGAGAAUGGCGCGACGGAGCGGACCCAGCUGUUGCCCAACACCGUCGAGCAGCGCUUGAGAGGAAGAGGGUCGAGCAUAUUUCAGAUCGAGCCUUCGCUGUCCUCGCCUUUCGGGGCCAGCUACGGCACGGGAUACGGCAGUCUGAGUUCGCGCGUCAACGAGUCGUCCAUGCGCCAUGCUGGCCGACUCUUCACAGAGCAGCAAAUGAAGGGCGUUGCAGAGCCAGAACAAGAACGAGAGCCACUGCUGGUCAAGCAAGUCGAGGAAGACGGACAUAUCAUCAACGUAGUCGUCGGUCAGUCUACCCUGCCACAGACGAUAUUCAACUCGGUCAACGUCUUGGUCGGUGUUGGACUGCUUACCUUGCCACUUGCGCUCAAGUACUCUGGAUGGCUGAUAGGCAUGCUUUUUCUGGCGUGGUCCGCCAUAGUCACUGGUUAUACUGCCAAGCUGCUUGCCAAAUGUCUCGAUGUUGAUGGUUCACUCAUCACCUUCGCUGACCUUGCAUAUGUCUCCUUUGGAGCCAAAGCACGAGUGGCUACUAGUAUUCUUUUCUCCCUAGAGCUACUUGCAGCAUGCGUUGCAUUGGUCGUGCUCUUCGCCGACAGCAUGGAUGCUCUUAUUCCCGGUUGGGACGUUCUUCAGUGGAAGAUCGUCUGUGGGUUGAUCUUGAUACCACUGAGCUUCCUGCCCCUGCGCUUCUUGUCAUUCACAUCCAUCUUAGGUGUCAUGUCUUGCUUCGGAAUCACACUCGCUAUCUGGAUCGAUGGCCUUGCAAAGCCCGACGCUCCCGGCUCAAUCCGUCAACCCAUGACACAGUACCUGUUCCCGGACAAUUGGCUUACCGUACCGCUCUCUAUUGGCCUGCUCAUGUCUCCUUGGGGUGGCCACUCUGUCUUCCCAAACAUCUACCGUGACAUGCGACACCCAUACAAGUACAGGAAGGCAGUCAACGUAACCUACAUCUUCACCUACAUCAUCGAUGUCGGUAUGGCCUGCGCAGGUAUCCUCAUGUUUGGAGAUGGUGUCAGAGAGGAAGUCACGAGCAACAUCUUUCUUACCCCUGGGUUUCCACCAGGCAUAUCGGUCUUUAUCGCCAUCUGCAUCGCCAUCAUUCCAUUAACCAAGAUCCCACUCAACGCAAGACCUAUCGUCAGCACGCUGGAGGUUCUCUUCGGUCUGGAUACGCGCUCUCUCGCCAUGUCCUCGUCCAUUGAUGGCAUGAGUGGCCUUACACGAGGAGCGCUGAAGAUUACUCUACGCAUUGUCACCAUCCUUGUAUUCGUCAUCAUCGCCAUCGUUUUCCCUUCGUUCGAUCGCAUCAUGACCCUUCUCGGCAGUGUCGCCUGCUUCAGCAUUUGUAUCAUCCUCCCAUUGGCGUUCCACUUGAAGUUGUUUGGAAAAGAGAUACCGAACGGAGAGAAGACGAUGAACUGGGUGUUGAUUGUUGUCAGUACUCUCAUGGCCAUUGUCAGCGCCAGCGCAGAGAGCGCAUUCGAUGGCGACCUCAUAAAUAAGCUACGUGAGUGGGGUUACAACGAUGCCACGGAUGCCCUCGCCAAACAAGCAGACCCCGAAUGCAAUUUCGACAGCUCGAAAGGACACAUGCUGAAGAAGGCCUUCAGCGACCUUGCCAUCUCGACCAAACCCAAGAGCCAGGGUGGCCCAAAUCAAUGUUUCCUAAUUGAGCAUUACGACAGCCCAGCUGUGAAGAAAGGCGACGACGGCAAGAUGCCUCUUAGAGGCGAUCAACGGUACGACGUCUGCGACAAGGAAUAUCGCGUCACCGGCGCUGAGCACACAAUCGGUGUCAAUGCAGAAGCGGGCGUCGUGUACGCUAUCAAUCUCUCUUCUGCCACUAAAGCUGCUCGUCGUCUUUGGAAACGCGCUGCUCUCACGGACGAACUCCCUGCUAUACGCAGCGUCUCGGAUAUCGCAUGGGCCUUUUGGAACCGUGUGCACAGUGAUGUGGAGAGCUUACAGAAUAUCAGAUAUCUAUUUGUUACGAUGAUAAUCAACAAAGAGACGAAUCAACACAUUACACGUGCGUUGGGCACGCUGAAUCCACCAAAAGAGGAUGUGGAAGUUUGGCCGGGACACGAUUUCGACAUGGAGACGGAUGCGGGAAAAGCCUUGCUGGGAAGCCCUGUUGGACGAUGGGCUGGGUACUUUCUCAUGCAACAUAAGAGGCAGUUGGGUGGUAGCAAAUGGAUCUCCAAGGUUAGAGUGUUCAAGUCUGAGAAGGAGGGUAGUUGGCCAUACUUCUUAUUCUAUGUUGACACUCCCCCCGCACCAGGGGUAAUGGUGGACAAAUCAAGGGUAACCGGUUCACUAAAUCGGUCCCUCCGCCUGAGAACCUCCGAUGCGCAAAGCUUCGAGUACGUCAAUCCAGUAAAAACUACAGCCACAGCGCAAGCCGUCACAACGUCCACCUUCACACACUACACACCCUUACGGCACACGCCAAAAGAGCCUCGCGAUUCAAUUCUUCACAAAAACAUAAUGGAUUCUCUAGGCGGCGGCAUCGCCAAUGCGGACCUGAGCAAGCUGUCCGAUCGCGACAAGCAAGAACUCCAGCAAUUCGCCAUGAACGAGGGACAGAAGGCUAGGAUUCAAUCUUCCAUACACUCCUUGACCGACACAUGUUUCCGCAAGUGCAUUCCCGCGGGGACCGUUAAGAACGGCAAAUUGGAUAAAUACGAGGAGCCAUGUAUGAGGCAAUGCGUGGACCGGUUCCUGGAUGCAAACAUGGUUGUGCUGAGGGAGUUGGAGAGAUUGAGGGGAUAG